CAGCUCCACAUGGCGAUCAGUAAGACCACAGCCAGGGUGGUGGUUGACUGUAAGGUAGUGGGAGGAAAGCCCAUCAACGCGGCUGGCAACAUCAGUAUAGACGGGGUGGAGGUACUGGGACGCAUGGUACGAUCCAGAGGGAAGAGGGACAACUCAGCUCCGUUCCAGAUCCAGAUGUUUGACAUUAUCUGCAGCACGUCCUGGGCCAGUCGAGACAAGUGCUGUGAGCUCCCUGGACUGAGGCUGGAGGAGGACUGUCCUGCCAUGCCCCAUGCCUGUAGCUGUUCUCAGGACAGUAAAGGACCUCCCGGACCCACAGGACCUCCCGUAAAGUCCUACUACUGCCUUUAUUUACUGUCUCAGGGAAUAGG